GCUUUGGAAAGGAGAAUGAAUGGCAGUCUUUGCCUUUGUAUUUCAGGUAUUGAAAACCUCCCCUGUGAACUGCAGAGGAACUUUCAGUUGAUGCGUGAAUUGGAUCAGAGAACAGAAGAUAAGAAAGCUGAAAUUGACAGUCUUGCAGCGGAAUACAUUGCAUCAGUGAAGAGCAUGUUGCCAGAGCAGCGAGUAGAGCACAUCAAGAAGAUUCAGAAUGCUUACAGCAAAUGUAAAGAGUAUAGUGAUGACAAAGUGCAGCUGGCCAUGCAGACCUAUGAGAUGGUGGAUAAACAUAUCCGACGGCUGGAUGCAGACUUGGCUCGAUUCGAAGCAGAUCUGAAGGAUAAGCUGGAAGCCAGUGACUUUGAGAGCCCUGGAGGACGAGGCCUGAAAAAGGGGCGAAGUCAGAAGGAUAAGAGAGGCUCCCGAGGUCGUGGCAGGCGAACAUCUGAAGAAGAUACUCCAAAGAAAAAGAAGCUGAAAGGAGGAUCUGAGUUUGCUGAUACCAUCCUCUCUGUUCAUCCCUCGGAUGUCCUAGACAUGCCAGUGGAUCCAAAUGAGCCCACCUACUGCUUGUGCCACCAGGUGUCCUAUGGAGAAAUGAUUGGCUGUGAUAACCCAGAUUGUCCAAUUGAGUGGUUUCAUUUUGCUUGUGUGGACCUUACCACAAAACCAAAAGGGAAAUGGGAUACCAUGGCUAUGUCAUCUCUAGUCCAGUGUCAUGUGGGUUGGUGCUGUUUGACCCUACAAAGAUGGCAAAUGAACUGCCAGAACAGAACCUUGGCAGCAUGGACCAGUGCUCCAGCCCAGUGGACACACAAGCAGAAGAGACUUGCAGAACAACUCAGGAUGGCAAAAGUCAGGCCAUCCAUCUUGUGGAGGGCUGGUCCCCUUGGCAGGAGAGCUCUCCAUACCAGCUUCACCAGCUCCCAGGAAGUGAUGCUGACCAGUGAGCGGUAUGGAGUGCAGAGGCUGCCCUUCUCCUAUGUUUCUGAUAGUGACUUGGUUUUCUUUGAACGCAUUAUACCAGGUGGAGUCAUAACAGACCCAGAAGAACUGAAACCUUUUAACGUGGACUGGCUGCAAUCAGUCCGAGGCUCCAGUAAGUUGUUGCUGAGGCCACGGACAACUGCAGAGGUAUCUGAGAUUCUCAGGUAUUGCAAUGAGAGAAAUCUGGCGGUAAACCCCCAAGGGGGCAACACUGGCCUUGUUGGGGGCAGUGUGCCUGUCUUUGAUGAGAUCAUCCUCUCCACAGCUCUCAUGAGCCAGGUCAUCAGCUUCGACAGUGUGUCUGGAGUCCUUGUUUGCCAGGCUGGCUGCAUCUUAGAGAACCUGAACCAAUACCUGGAGGAGCUGGAUUUCAUCAUGCCACUGGACCUAGGUGCCAAGGGCAGCUGCCACAUUGGUGGUAAUGUGGCAACAAAUGCAGGAGGCCUGCGGCUGCUGAGGUACGGCUCUCUCCGAGGGACAGUUCUGGGACUGGAAGUGGUGCUAGCCAAUGGCUCUGUUCUCAACUGCUUGACUUCUCUGCGCAAGGAUAACACCGGCUAUGACUUGAAGCAGCUUUUCAUUGGGUCAGAGGGGACUUUGGGAGUCAUUACUGCUGUCUCUAUACUCUGUCCUCGGAAACCCAUGGCUGUGAAUUUGGCAUUCCUAGGUUGUCAGAGUUUUUCUCAGAUUUUGGAAACCUUCACUACCUGCAAGGGAAUGCUAGGGGAGAUCCUGUCUGCAUACGAGUUCAUGGAUGACAGGUGCAUGAAGUUGGUUGUGAGCCACCUCAAGCUGUCCAACCCUGUGACAGAAAGCCCCUUUUUUAUUUUGAUUGAAACGUCAGGCUCUAAUUCUACCCAUGAUCAAGAAAAACUGAACAACUUUCUGGAAUGUGUCAUGGCCUCUGGUUUGGUAACAGAUGGGACUGUGGCCACAGAUGAUAAGAAAAUAAAGACAUUGUGGGCUCUGAGGGAGAGGAUCACAGAGGCCCUCACUUACGAUGGCUACGUUUUCAAAUACGACAUCUCGCUCCCUGUGGAAAAACUGUAUGAUCUUGUGACUGACACCAGAGUUCGACUGGGCAAGAUUGCCAAGAACGUGGUAGGCUAUGGCCAUGUAGGAGAUGGAAACCUGCACUUGAAUAUCACAGCUGAGUCCUAUAGCCAUACCCUGCUGGAUGCCAUUGAGCCAUUUGUGUACGAGUGGACUGCAAAGUAUCGUGGCAGUAUCAGCGCUGAGCAUGGACUGGGUUUCAAGAAGAAGCACUACAUUCAGUACAGUAAACCUUGGGAAACUGUCCUGCUGAUGCAGCAGUUCAAGGCCAUGCUGGACCCCAAAGGGAUUCUGAACCCAUACAAGACACUGCCUUCUAGUUCCUGAGGACUUUGUGCUGCUGAGAAAUGGGCAUAUACCCUCUUUUAAGGAAUGUCUCUAACUCAGUAAUUGCACAUUAGCCAGAAACAGGCUGAUCAUAAAUGUGAAAUGCAGCAUUACUUAUUUUAUUAUCAUGAUGAAAUGGUAAAGGAAUACAAUCACUCCUCCCAGAGCUGUCCAUCAGCACUCAAACCCAAACCCUUUGGAAAGAGGAGAAGUCUACUAGCCACAGUUACAUGGGCUCCUUCUUGGACAUGAAAGUUAAGGUGGAGAAUAGGUAUUUAUAUACAUGAGGGUCCUGCCUCCCGGUCCCACCCUCAUUU